AUGCAGCCGAGUUAUAAACCGUUCAAAGGGAAUCUCGUUCGAACGGUCGAUUUAUACCGACGGACUGGCGGAUUUGGUUUCACGCUGUCAAGCCAGGGACCAUGUGUACUCAGCUGUAUUAUAGCUGGAAGUCCCGCUCACAGGGCAGGCCUGAAACCAGGUGACGAGAUAAUCGAAGUUAAUGGGGCUUCCGUGGAAAAUGCUCCGCAUGAACAAGUUGUCAAACUCAUUGCGCGCUCUCCGGAUGGGAUGGUUCAACUUGGGGUUCGUAACCGGUCAGAAUUGCAAAGGUUUAGAAUGAACGAAACGAAAAUCAAUGCGGAAAAUCAAGAAGAAACAGUGAUAAACGAAACGAUAUUGAAUCGAGUUGAUAAAGUCGUUGAGGAAUUGAAAUCAGGUCAACUAUUCGGGGAUUCGCCGUCGCUAAACAGUUCUUUAUCCAACGGAAAAUUUAUAUCUGAAGAUGAUAUCGUUACGGAUGAAGAAUUAAAAGCUUCUUUUUGUGAAAGUAUUAGGUCUGAAAGCUCUGUUCCUGGUUCCUCUCCUGCUCAGAGUUACGCGAGUAGCAGGCGAUCUAGCGAGGGAGAUGUUGCGUCAAAUAGUUCAUCAUCUCCGAUGUUAUCUCGACUCCUUUAUCCUAAAAUGACGCCGUUGAAAGGUUGUGAUCAGGCAGAUAUCGACCUAGAACCGGAACUUCGAUCUAUUGUAGGCUAUUUAGGUUCUAUUGAACUGCCCGCAGCGUCAAGUCUUCCAGCCGCAAGUCUGAGUGCAAUAAGAAAUUGUGUUCGACGCCUUCGAGCACAACAAAAAGUUCAUGUGUUUUUUCUCAUGGAAGUCUCUUUAAUCGGGAUAAAACUCUUGGAUAACGAGAAGAGAGCUGUUGUUACGUACCCCAUUAAGUCCUUGGCAUUUACUGGACUCUGCUCUGACGAUAAAAGAGUGUUUGGUAUAGUCACCAGAAAAACUAAUGAACCAUCUGCAGAUAAGUUCAAUAAUGCCUCCAGUAACUGGCAGGUUCAAAAUAAUCACAAAACUGACAUCCAAAGCACUGUAAAUUGUUCUUGUCAUGUUUUCUCAGUGAAUCCAGAGCUCAAUUCUCAUCAAGCUCAUCAGCAUCUUGCUGAUAAGUAUGGAAUACAAUGUACCGAGGAUGCGAAGGGAGGUUGUACUGAAUUUCCUGCCUCUUCUAGCCCUGUCCUGAAAGCCAUCACUGGCAUGUUCAAGGAGAGAACAGGGUCAGAGUCUGGUGGAGCAAGCAGUGAUGGUGAAAGAAGGGGACGGUCUUUGUCAUUAUCUUCUAGCCAAUCAGAGUCAGAUGGGGUAUUCCGACAACCAUUUGAUGAUGAGAACUCGACAAGUGAACCUCCAACAGUUAAUUUUAUUACCAGUCACAUGGUAAAUGGAUUGCCACUGGAUAUUGAUUCUUUUCAGAUGCAAGAACAGACCACACAAAAUGACUCAAAACCUCUGAAAAGAGUGGACCAGCAAGGGUUGCAUGAAGCUGUUACAUCAUUUAAUGAACAGUUUAAAAAUACAGAGCGAAAUGAUUCAGGUGUUGGUUCUGAUUCCUUUCCUGAAGCUGUGAAUAAUGUUUCAACUUCACAGGGUGAUAACUUGAGCCGACCUGCUCCUCCUGUGGUGAAUGUGUCCUCAUUUCAUUCUCGUGAGAGUUCAGCUGAUUCUCAAAUGUCCUUGGGGUCACACCACAGUUCACUAGCUGGUACUUUAACUGAAGUUGGAAUAGCUGGUAAAUCUCAGCAUAGUUCACAAAUUGGACCAGUUGGAACAAAGGAUCCAUCUCUAAGUAACUCUCAAGAGGUGAGUGAAACCUUUGUACCAUGCCAUUUCACCCUUUAGCCCUUUAAACCCUAGGAGAGAUCAGCAUCUAAAUUCUCCUUGCAGUAAUACUGCUGAAUCAUUCAUUAAUAUUACAAGAAUAAAGGAAAUGAUCAUCAACCUAAGAUGCUUUGAUUGUAAAACAAAUUCUCCCUGUUCAGGCCAAAGGAAACUUAUAGAGAAGAGUUUGGGGAAUAUUGAUACUGAUGUUAGGAUGUAAAGAGUUAACUCCAUUAAACAGGUGUCCUAGAACAGAGAUACAUUUCAGCAAGAAUGAUAUUUUGAUAACAAAAGCAGCAACAACAGCAAAAAAAUUGUCUUAAUUUACCUGGAAAUGUGAGUCAAAGGAUCAAUAAAUUCAUGUGCUCUUAAAUCCUAUUUGGUUUGAUCCUAUCAAGCUAGUUUUGCCUUUAUUGCCUCUAAAUGCUGAUUCUUACUUUUAGAUAUAAUUAAAAACAGGACAGGCAACUAUAGAGCAAUUGAGUGUUGAGAGAAUGUGAUUGCAUUCGUUUUGCUUUACUUUGGUCCUUGAUCUAGAUUUCUUGCACAACUCUCUCUACCAAUCAGGUGAUAAGCUAAAACCAGUCACAUGACUUGGUUGCCCACCUUCUCUGAUGAGCAUUGAAACAAAGAUCACUUUUCCUCCAAUGUCCUACAAUCCUAUAUAAUGACAUGCAAAAUAAUUUCUUUUGAGCGGAGUUUUAGGAACUUUUAGAGUAUCUAUCAUAAACUAAAGCAAAUUCCAUUGUACACACUUAUACUCAGAAGGUAAUUGAAUUAGACAAGACACAAAUUUGAUAAUUGUUUUUAUGUGGUUGCAUGAAAUUGAGUUACAUUCAUUCAGAGCACAAGUUUUUCUCAGUUUUUUUUUAACCUUAAAAUAGAUAAGCAUUGGUGUUUUGUAAAAUUUGUCUAAAAAUAUUUAUUUCACAGUGAAUAUCUUCUCCUUAGCUUUGUUUUAUCAGUGUCUAACUUUGAAUUGUUAUAGGAAAAAUGAAAAAGAUAAAUUUGGAGAUCAAGUGAAGAUACUUUAUAUCAAUUUAAAAAUACAUUUUCAAUGAGGAAGACAUUAUUUUUCAGGAAGUUAAGAGUCGCCAUGGAACACGUUUUUGUUUUGGUUAUAGAUCAGAUCUUACUGAUGCAAUGUAAUAUCACUUUUAUAUACAUUGAUUUUUUUAUUUAUGAUUAACGCUGCUAGAAUUUUUUCUUUCUUGACUUUUUAAAUUGAAUUAGUAAGUAUUUAACAAUAGUCCUCCUUUAAAGGAAUUAAGAGAGUUCUCAUUUGGUGAGAGAAAGAAAUAUAAUUUGUGUUUAUUCAUGUACAUACAGUGUAUAACAGCUUGUUAGAUUCUUCUAUCUUGAAUAUGCAGUAGCCUCAAAGAUAAGCAAAAUUCAAGAUCAAAACUAGAAAAAUAAGCAGUAAAUAUGGCAGGUAUAUAUAGUGGAAAAUUACAGGGUAAUCAAUAUUUAAUUACCUUUGCCUUGAUGCACAAUGUUUAUCUUGAAAAGGUUGCAGGCUAUAAUGCUGAACAAUUUUGUUUAGACUUCUUGCGAGUCAGAAAAAUUGAUUUAAGACAACUUUUGGUUUUCAGUCCUCUUUAUUGAAACUUCAUACAUGAAGUACUAGAAUUAGGUUAUUCAAACAAACCUCAGAUCUCAUGCCAUCAUUUCUUGUUUAUUUGGAUAUGUUUUGUGGACAAGUUCUUAUCAUAAUUAGGAUGUGGCAAUGAUCUUGAAUGUGAGGAAUGUAAACUAGUCAAAGACUAUUGAGUUCAGUUAAUAAAUAUUGGAGUAUAAUUCUAUAGAGGCAGUCGAUAUUUCACCGGUACUUCAGUUUUGAAAUUAAGAAGGAAUUUUGUUGACAUUUUGUGGAAGCCUUCACACAUCAGUACUUUUCAGGCUGUUUUGGUGAUCAUGUUUAUAUCAAGUCAUCUUUUUUCAAGGUAUUAAUCACUGAAGUCACUGAAGCAUUUAAUUAAUCCAUGGAUUCAUUUCAAUUUAAGGUUACAUUCCAUUGGGAGCUUCGUAAUGAAGUUUGUAAAAUUUAUUAUUAAGAUGUCAUUUACUAGUUUGCAUAACUGGGUCUAUAUGGAGCAACAUUUUUAAUAGUAUUCGUGGACUGAAUUUGUGUGUAUGAAGUGAUUUUGAAUAACUGGAAGUUGUGGAAGUGGUAUUCAAAGUAGGUGCUAUUUUAGGUCAGUUCCAUUGUUUUGAUUGUUGUGUCAUUGACAAUUACUUUUGUAAAACCAAUAUUCAGUUGUCUUGCAAACUUAAUAAUAGCUGUAGUUGUAUGUAGCUUUCUCUGUCAUCUCUAAAUCACUUCAGAAUUUGAAGCUGUGUUGGUGCCCUAACCUUUCAAUCUGUAAUGUGUUAAAACACAUUACUGUGCUUUUAAAGUGUUUAAGCUACUGAUCAUAGAAAUGUCUUAGAAGUUUUGAGCUCUCCUGUUUGUUAUGCAUGAUAAUGUUUCUUGCAAGAAAACUUUGUAAAGUGUCGAUUUUCUUAGACAAAUCUAAGUAAACAUGCUGAAGAAUAUCUUUCCUUGCAAUGUUGAAUUAAUUGAGACUGAGUUUGUUUUUCGGUUUCAAGUAUAUUCUCUGCAUACUUGUAGAGCAACCAAAUCUGAAGUUUUGCUUUGUAAACAUUAACCACGCGAUUGCAAACCUAGUGAUUGCACUAAAUUUGAAUUUUAAGCAGUCUUUAAGUGCUUUGAUGUGGCAGGAUAUACACUGUAGAUGAUACACUUAAAGUAUUUCAAGUUUAAUCACUAGAAACUAACUAGCAUAUUAUGGACAUUGGAGCUGUUCAUGAAGGUUCGAUACAAGUUUUUGUUAUGUUACAUGUACACCCUUAUUUUUAAAGCUGAGAGGUUUUAAUUAAUGUUUACUGUUUUUGAAUACUAGUUGUACAACUAUCUGAUUAAAAAGGUGCAAAGUACUAAGUUAAACAUAGAUUUGCAAGCUGUAGAGAAAAGGAUGAAAAACUUCCACAUUUUAGCAAAGUUUAAAUGCCACUUGCAAAACUUUCCUGAAGCUCAGAGGGAGAGCAUCAAAAUGAUGAUAGGAAAUUUUAGGGUUCUAAUUCUCAUGAAGAUUCUUGGCUUUUAAAUUUUAUGUCUUGAAGCAAUUAAUAUUGGAUAGGUGAAGAGGGUAUAAGAGGGGUAACUUAUUGAAAAGCCUCAGAAGGAAAAAAUGCAAUUCACCUUUUUCCCAGGUUUUUUUUCUUUUUUUUUUUUACAUCAGCCUACUACAUUUGCUAUACAGUUUGCAAAUGUAUUUCAUUGGUUAAAAACCCAUGGUAUAGAAAGUACUACAGGUUUUCUUUUAUGUGGCUUGUGACUUAUGUGUGACAUAUUCCAAUUGAUCUACAAAACUUCUACUAUUUUUUAUCUCGAGGAAGAUAAAGAUAAAUAAUUAGGGGUUUGAAGACUGUAGAUAAUUAGAAAAAGGGUUUGAAGACUGUGAUUUUCAACUUGGGGUUCAGAAUCGGUCAGUUGCAAAGGUUUAUGGUGUUGAAAAUCAAGAAGAAACAGUGAAAACGAAACUUUGAAUGAGCUUUUAUCUGCCUCAGGAAUUGAAGUCAGGUCAUGAUGGUAAUAAACAGUUCUUUAUCACUUAAAAUUUAUAUCUGAAGAUGAUAUCAUUACGGAUGAAGAAUUAAAAGCUUCUUUUGUUUAGGUCUGAAAGCUAUGGUUCCUCUCCUGCUCAGAGUAUUUAUUAGAGUAGUUAUCAAAAAGUUUUGUAAUCAACUCAACUUGUUUUUGCUUUUGUAAUUAACUAGAUGUUUUUAUGUUCUUUGUUUUUCAGUCUUUGGCAUAUUCAGAUAUAGGUAAGCCACAACAUUUGCUUGAUUGGUUUUUGUUUGAUUGUAAGUAGGAUUUUAAUGUGUUUUAAAAAUUGCCAAUUGUUUGGUAAAUGAAGACUAAAUUACCUCUGGAUUCAUAACGGUUGUAGAGUGGGGGGGAUUAAAUGUGAAGUGCUGGCUAGAAUUAAUUUGGUUGGCAAUUUAUAGCUCCAAAUCUAGUAUAAAAUCAUAGAGAGUAAAUGACUAAAAGUGUUUGAAUGAAAUUGAAACAAUUUUGUUUGAGACGAGUUUGAAUUUUGUCAUUCUGUAAGCAACCUAGUUAAGGUGAACACUGCAAACUUAGUUUUUUGUUUUAAGGAAGCUCACUGAGCGAGUCUGAGUGGUAGGAUAGCAGGGUUGUUGUGAAUUUUUCCAGAUGAUAAGCGGCCAUUGCUUGCUGAAUUUUCGUCACUUUUCUCUGUCAUAUGAAUAUUGCCUCUUUGAUUGACACAGUUGUAGGAGCAACCCAAAGCAGAAAGACGUUAAUUGCCAGUGCAAGUAUCAGUUCAAGCACUCCAAGUAUUCACAGUCUGAGUAGCAUGCCUGGAGAUAUGUCUCAGGUGGAUGGCAGAGUUGGACGAUGGGCUCUUGGGUUUGACAAGCUCAUGGAAGAUCCUGCUGGAUUGGGCUGUUUCAAGGUACACAUAUGCACAAAUAUGUUAUAUGAAAUAAUAAAUAGAUAUUUACACAAGUUGUAAAUAAAUUAAUAAAUAUGCAGCUUGCAUUUUAGCCUGGAGGGCAUCAAUGAGGUGGCUGUUUGUUAACUGCUCCCACUUGAAAUUGAAUUUAGUGUGUUUGUUUCUUGGAGGGUGAAAAAUGAAGAAGCCUCAAUCAGAGAAACCCUGGAAGCAAGUACAAAAACAAGCAGUUAACUCAAAGCUUAUUAUAUAAAGUUAGGUCUGGGAAUCACACCCAGGAAAGAAACUGCUAUGGGAGGGAAGAGUGGUCGCCACUAUGCUACAUGUAUCUAUUUUCCCUUUAUUUGACAUUUAUCCUCUGUUCCCUUCUGUUUGUAUCUCCUUUUUUUCUAUUCCCACCGACACAACAAAACACUUUUUGAUCUAAAACUUUCAAAAUGUCUUUGCAGGAAUUCUUGAAGAAAGAAUUUAGUGACGAAAACAUUGUUUUCUGGAUUGCUUGUGAAAACUUCAGGAAUAUCUCAGAUUUUGAAGAGGUAUGUAAGAAAGUCAUUCUGACAAAUAUCAACAAGGGACAUAAUUACAGUUGCUGAGAAACUUUAUUUGAAAUACUGCUAUUAUUAUGAAAAUUUCUCUUUUUUUCUCUUUUUUGUAUUUCUGUCCCUCUUUGACUUUUUAAUAUUUAGCUCAAACAAAGUAAGUCUGUGUGAUGAAUAGAGAGCAUAAUAAUUGUAAGGGAAGGGGGGGAAGGGAAUGGAAUUGUAUGAUGGGGGGAUGCACUCUGCUUCUCUGCAAUGAAUGCAUUGUGAUUCUCUUGAAACAUAAUUAUGUGCCAAAGGUUUUGAAAAUUUGUGGAAGAGUUGUGUGAUGUGUGUAAAAUUGACUUGGAUUUCUCAUUCCCCUCUACUAUUUGAUUAGUUCUGUCUAAUGACGUACAUUGGGAGGCAUAGUACCUUUCUGGGCUUGCUUUUUUGAACAUGCAGAUAUAGAAAAUGUUUGCACUUUAACAGGGUUGAAAAAAUUCUUUCCAAGUGGUUCGUGCAACAUGUGAUUGCUAGAAAUCAUGUGUGUGAUUGACCAGGGGAGGGAAGAGAAGUAUGUUUUUAUCAACCAGUAUUGUUUCCAAAAUGGAAAACUAAUAUGUAUGAGAGUGCAAGUGACCUAUGAAGUCCCAGUCAAAAUUUUUAUAGUAAGUUUGGUGUUUUCUUCUCUUAGCUGAAAAUGGAAGCAGAGAGCAUCUUCCACAAUCAUCUUACUGCAAAUGCUCCCCUGCCUGUCAACAUCGAUAGCUGUGCUGUCAGAGAUGCUGAGGAGCAACUGCAGAAUCCAAACAGUGAUAUGUUUCGCCUUCAACAGCAGCAGGUUAGAUGAGGCCUCUUGUUUUGUAGGUUAAGUGAAUAAAAACAGGUACAAACAUUAUUUGGUGAGGGCAGCAUGCAAAACUGACUAGCAUAGCUGCUAUAGAUAUAAGAGAAUACCUAAGGAAUAUUGUUACUGAUCUGGAAUGAGAUACUAGUACAUUACAAGUUCUCCCCGCAUUUUAUUUCUCUUGAUGACAACCAGCUUAGCCUAGCUUAGCUUAGCCUAGCUUCGUCCUCUUGGUGCAUCUAUGCACAUGACGCCUCAGCCAGAGAAUGCCAUUGAUUUCUGUUAGUUGUCAAUUUGCCCCCAUGUCCAGCCUCUGACCCUCAUUUCCCUUUCUACAACAAGCAGGUACCCUUUUAUACUUGGGUUUUGAACAGCACUGUGACAAGGAAGUGCUUUGCCCAAGAACAAAAUGCUAUAACCUGUUCAUUUGUGGUGCAGUAGAAGUUUGGUGUGCCUUUUAAACGAUGAUUCACAACAGCAUGAUAUUCAACAAUACUGCAAUUUUUUCUCUACAAAUUAGAGAGCUUUGUUGUUGAUGUUCAAUUUUGUUAACAGAAUUGCUGUACUUUAUGGUAUGUAUACCGAGAAAAGAAAUCAUGAUGGCUUACUGAUUUGUGAUAUGUUCAACAGGUCUAUACUCUCAUGAAAUUUGACAGUUAUCCUCGUUUUCUGAAGUCGGAUGUGUACAGACAGAGUCUUGUGGCUGAAAUGGAAAGAGGGCAUCUCCCUUGUGAAGACGGAGAAGAGGAGAGAGAAAUGAAAAGCAGAGGAAGCUUCUUUUGGAAGGUACAUCAUAGUGCUGUAGUCUUUAUGGUGGCCAGUUUACAUUAUCAACUCAGUUGAUAAUAUUAAAUUACCCUGUUAUUCUCUCUGAUGUUGCACCAUAGUUUCUUUGGAAACUUACCCCUUUAUCCCUUUUUUCUUGGUUUUUGGCUCAGUGUCAGGUUGGUACAAGUAUAAAUCAAACUAAAAUGCAAGACUUAGAAGACAGUGACAGGUUGGUUGGAGAAAAAACAUGUUGGAUAAAAAUUUUAUUUGCCUGAUUAUUAAGGUUUUGGGGAGUGUCCUUGGAACAUGGAAAAAAAGUUCCCAUUGAAAAUAAAAAUUUGCAGUACAUUUCCUACAUUUUAGAAUUGAAAAUCGGAAAAAAUAUAAUAGUGUACAAAGAUUAACUGAACUCUAUGAAGAUUAUUUAUAAAUCAUCUCCUUUCAAGUAAGCUACACUACAUAGAGAAGGACCAAUGCAAUACAGGAAAUGCUCCAAUGAGUGGGGAAGGCCUUGGCAUGUUUUGACUGCUUUUUAAAUUUUUGAUACAACUCUCAAUUAUCUCUAUCUCUGCCUCUACCCUAUUUCAAUAUUGCCUCAUGUUAACAAAAAUGGUCACUAAUUUCAGGCAACUUUGUUUCUGGGGGGAAGGGGAGACUUUUUAGUAAUUUAUAAGAGAUACUUCACAAGAUUUUUGUUUAGAAUGUUGAUAAGAAGGUUGUAGACCACCCACAGAUGGGAGGGGUGCUAACUCCUUAUUCCCUUUUAUAUUGUCGGUCAGUAGUUUUCUUUGGGAUUUUAUAAUUCUCAAAAUCAAGAAGGCACUGGAAAAAUUAUAAAAUCAUUGAUAAACUUGUAAUCAUGGGAAUUUUUCAACUAGACUUUAAACUAACCCACCCACUGCAUUUAGAUACACUUAUCUAACCAGUAAAACAUUGCUUCUAAAUCUAAAACUGUCUCACAUAAGAUAUUGUCUCAGAUAUGUAUAAAAGGUUUGUAGCUAAUUUAACCACUGAAAUCUCUUUCAAAACCUUGGGAUUUAACUAACGUGAAAAAAUGAGUAAAUUUUCCAAACUUUCAAUUAAAUUGCAUUAGGCAUCUUGAAUAUGUUUUUGAAAUAAUUGGGUUAUAUCGCUUGAUAUUUUCUUAAAUGUUUAAGUAUGCAUGCAGUAAAAAUAAUGGUCUCUAUUCAAUGAAUGCUGAAAGACCCAAAGCUCUGUUGUAUUGGAAAUAUUCUUACUAAGCUGGUUCAUCCCUUAACCCGUAAGAGUGACUGGCUUCUAAUCUUUCUUUACAGUAUAAACCCUGAAUCACAUGUUAAGUUCAUGAGAAUAAAGGAAAUGAUCACCAAUUUAAGAAGUUCCUGAUCGUCAAACAAAUUCUCCUUGGUAGUAAUAAAAGAAAAUAUAGAGAACAGUAUGGAGGAUAUGACUGUGGUUGUACCAAUGUUAAAGUAUAAAGGGUAAAUGCGAUGUUAACAAAUAUGAGCAGUAUUUGAUUUCAUUGGUAAAUCUAAACCGCUAAUAGCACUGAAAUUGUAGGUUCCACUGCUAAAUCCUUCUUCUGAAGAAUCUGAAUUUUCCAGCAGCAGCAGUCGAAGCAGUUUUAGUCUUGAAGGACAGGUAAUGAACAGCUGCAAAUAAAACAACUCUGAACCAUUUAAAAUACUUUCUAAGAUGUCUAAACUAGUUGACAGGUUAAAUGUUCUCUUACAGUUGAAAAUUAAACAAGAUGUUACUUUCCUCAUUGCCUUUUGCAAAGAAACUUCUUAAAACUUGGCAGCCUUUCUAGAAGUUCUACCACGUAUUUAGUGUAACGUAAGAAUACGAGUAAAAUUGACACAUAAACACAGAUUUAAAGGAACACCUUGUCUAGUUUAAUUUUUUAAAAAUGUAUUUUAGUUUUUUUUAGAGUGAAUUCAUUACUGUAAACGUUACUUGCAGGACAGAAGCGAUUAGGAUUUUUUCCCAAAUCGUAGCGUGUCACUUUUAGCCAAUCAGAAGCAAGUAACGGCUUUGCUUACAUGUGCUUCCGCGUCCUUUCCCGCGCGUUUUCAUUGCCGUGUCAUAUUUGCAAAAAACUGCCUACGUUUGUUUGUUUGUAUCUUUUUUUUCUCUUCGUGUUGUUGUCGUGUAUGUGAAUAGUAACUUUUUAAUCUGUUUAAUGUAAAUUUAAUAUUUUUAGCGUUCAGGACGCAGCUGGGGAAGUAAACACAGCAGCAAAAGAUCCACUUCAGGGAUGGACGGCGACAAGAAAAAGUCGAUUCUUCCUUGGAAAGGUAAGUUUGCUUCUUAGAGAGCGAGUUUAAAUAUUUUGUCUCGUAAACUUUGUGUGGAGUUGUGUUGAUGACUGUUUCAUUGACUCAUUUCGUUUUCUGCCUUGUGUCAAUCCGCUUUGUUGUCCAAAAAUUAUCACAACAAUCACGAAAAAAAAUGUACGAUGCUUACUUUGUCGACACAUUGACUGAAUAUGGUGCAUGCUUCUGGUGUAUACUGGCUGGAUAUAGUGUGCUGAAAGUUGUAUAUGGUCAAUCUCGUAUUAAGUGUGGUAGAAAAAAAUUGUUUGAAGUCACGAGCUUUAAGAUGGUUGUUUUUUGCUUCUAAGGAAGCAACAUGACAAUAAGACAGUGUGCAAAAGUUACGAAGAACACAAGUUACUUACACACGAAAGUUCUGUCUUGUUGUCAUGUCCUUCCAAGAAAAUGAGUCGGUCCAAAUAUACAGUGUACCCUUAAACUGCUUCUUUUCUUUCGAAUUCCUUCUGAACUACCUAUCUUAAAACGUGCAGCCCUCAAGGACGGAUUUUUUUUUUCGGUAUAUGCUGAUCGGAACUUACGCGUUUGCGAGUCGUUGAAGAAAUGAAGGGCUUCCAUUAAAUAUUUUAUGGAACGGUUUAACUAAUUCCAAUUAGAUUUAGUCAAUUGGUUAGUCAGUUUAAAGGAAAAAUAUACACGAGAAGCAUACAUGAACUCAGAAUAAAAACAAGCAAACAGCUUCAAAGUCGCUAUUGAUUUUAGUUUUGCAUCCGAUUACUGAAUAAAGAGGGCGGCACUAGUUUUCCACGCAAUUUACAAAGCUAAUUUAGGUUAAACGAACAUUACUUAGGAAAGCCUCCACUUCUCAAUUGAAUUGCUCUAUGCAGAAAUAUAUUCUGGUCUUUAAACAUAAGUGUUUGUUUAGUCAAAAAUCUGGCUUUAGUGUGGCUGAUAUUGUUGGUCUUAGAAUUUCAAGUCCUUGUUGUUUCUUUAAUUGUGUUCAUGUAUACACUGUGAAGAAAACGUACUAUAAAAUACCAGUGUUACACGUUCCCCUAUAUUUUGACGUUACAUAUUUGUUUUUCUGGUAAGUUUUUUUUUUUACUAAAAUGCCCAUUUUAGUUUAAAAAAAAAAACACUCGAGCGACAGCCUUGAUAUUGGGAAUAUUCGGUGAUAUGAUGUCGUUCUUUUGAAGUAAAUCACUGAAAACCUUGGUGACGGUUUUGGUCAGAAAGCCAGAACGGUCAUAACGUUUUUGUUCUGCCGGCUCACGGAGAGAAAGAAAUAUUUACGAGCGGUUAAGCCAGAAAAUGCCCCUUGGAGCCGCCAGAGGAAUGCCCACCAAUUUUAACGCAACUUAAUUUCCGGUAGUUUGUCUUUCGUAAUGCGCGAAACUUUUUCAGUCAGAGCAGAAUAUUGUGUUGUUAUAUUAAUUUACAAAAAUAGUGCUGAUCUUUAUAUAUGAUGAUAUUAUAUGCAUUCCAAUGAAAUUUGUCGUUGGUUUAGACUACAGAUUGGCCUUUUUAGUUUCGGAUUUUAUCCAAAUUUACGUUUUGGAUUUAAAAUUUGAGUCGAAGCCCGCUAUUUUAAGGUCCAAAGAAUAGAACGGUGUAAAUGAGAAUGAACUAAAUUUAUGAUCUGCGUUAAAGCCAUUUCUUUUCUUUUUAUAGUUCGCUAAAGUCAUCAGCCCUCACAAGUGAAAAGCAUACCUUUUGUUUAACAGAACAAUCAUAAGACGUUUAUGUCUCUUUUACUGGUCGUCAAUUUGCUUAGAAAGGAUAUUGCUUUUGUUUUAUGGUACUUACUUGAUAAUAAUGCUCCUCCUUCUCUUUUGCAGGAAAACACGUCAAAAAAGGUUAGUAUUGGUUGUUCAUUUUCCUAACUAGCAUAAUUAUUUCCACUCGCAUCAACGAUCGACAGUUGUUUUACUGCUUCGAACAAAAUCAAAUCCCGGGUCAUGUCGAUCGCGCGAAUUCUGACUCGAAGACGAUAGAAAUGUUGAAGUUUCAGAUUUCUAGAAGGGCUGAAAAUCUGUACACAGGCCCUCCUAUAAGACCAUGGGACCACGAUAGUAAGUUAUGAGACCUUUGUGUAGAUUCAGUUGUGGCCCUCCUUUUUAUGAGCUGUGGAGGGCUGCCUGUCGGCCUAAGGUGAUUUUUAUUUUUAUGUGUCUCUGGAUACUUACUCAUCAAUUAUUCACAUCGAGCUUUACUAGUCGCUGUAAUAUCGAUGUACUUUUUGUUCGAUCCUUUCUUAGUUUACGGUUGUACAGUUUAUUGUAGUUGGAUAUCGCAUUGAAUGUUUGAAUUUGGUGUGACUUGCUCAUUGUUACUUGUAUCAUUUUCUCCAGGUGACAGAUCUUUUGGCAGCCAACCUGGCAGUGCUCGAAGUUCUCUCUCCUCGCUGUCGGAUUCAGUCCCACGUUUUAGUUAUUCGACAGAGGUUCGUGUUCAUAAAUCGUCUUCUUGUACAAUGUCACUCACGCUUCUUGUUUCAUUAAGUGGGCAUCCGUCACGCGUGUUUUACAUCACGCACAUGUUCACCAAAUAGUCUGCGACUGCGAUUGUUUGUCCCUGAAAUGUCGACUCUGACUUUUACGACUAGUACCUUGUUGAUUAAUGAAAAAGACAGGCGCUGAAACAAAUACAAGAUUUUUUUACUAUAUUGUAACUCAUUAGCUUUGCUGUUUAUAUUGUUGUGUUAAGUCUGGGUCUUCUGCUUUAUUCAAAUGGCAGUAACCAUGCGAAUUUUUUUAAAUACAGUAUAGCGCAAUAAAAUAUAGCGGAAAAACAUCAAGUUUUGUACUUUAAGCGAGGCAAAAACUCCUUGCCAUGGUUGGUUAUUGGAAACUUUUUCGUUAUUUUGUUUGUUAAAUAUAAACAUAUUAGUUGUCAUGUCUUGAUUUUUUUCGUCCGCGACAGAGGCCACUUCUUUUACCAUCGACGCUUACGUAUCUUGUUUAUUUCCCUAAAUUAUUAAAUUCUAUAUUUGAUUUGUGGGUAGAAAAACUACUUUUAAAUUGAAGGAGACCCCUUAAUAAUAGUUGGUAGACAUAAAACACAAGAGAGAUAUAUGUCAGAAUUAUUCACAAAGAACAAUCAGAGUGAAGAACGGAAUAGAGAAAUUUGUGCGUAUGUUUUUGGAUUACAAACCCAGAGAAACUUUGGCAAGUCUUUCGAUCAAGUUCGGAUGCAAUUAGAAAUCAUUUUUCUCUUUAUAAUGUAGGGAAUGUGACAAUUCUGUUUUUUUACAAUGGAGUACGUCUGUUAUAUCUAUUUACUUUUUCUCAACGGUAUUUCUUUCUUUUCGAUAUGCUCUGUUUCACACUUCACAUAAAAAAGUACCGGAAAUUCCUUUUUCCUAUUAAGUACACUUGACAAAUUUUCCACCAUAUACUUGUGACGUGGUAACAAGGUUAAAAGACGAAGGAAGUACUUCAAGAGGUUGAAGUGUUCGUAUACUUAACUAUUUGUGCAUACAAUAACAAUAACCGUUUUUGACGUUGUUUGUACGCAGUCUCUAAAUGUGGAUCAGAGGAGGGAAAGUGAGUCAUUCCAGUUCUGUAGAGUGAUAUUACCGGACCAUUCAUCCACCAUUCUACUUUGCAAGGAAGGUCAAACCUUACGCCAAGCCCUAAUGCAACUGUGCGAAAGAAGACACCUCUCACUUGUCGCAAAUGAAGUGUUUCUUGGCGGCGGAGAUAAGGUAUCUUUUUUUCUUUGGGCUUUGACAUGUUUGCUCCACUUGUUUUGCGCAAGGUGUCCUCAGUAUUGAUCGACUUUGGUUGUGACCGUAAAAGUGUUGUGUUAAUCCUCUCUUGUAUUAUAUAAAAGAGAUGCAUCUUUCCGGUAGAGAUAAGAUAUCGUCCUCACCCUGACCUUCAGGGUUUUUUAUUUGUUAUCAAAAAAAAUGCGCUUUAAAUAAGUAUUGAUCGAGUGUUUUGGUGACCUUGCAAGUGUCCUGUUUCGUUGUCUAUUUAACAAAUAGAUCGUAUGUUGCCGUGUGCAUUUUCAGUAACAGAUGACGGAUGACGUUAAAAUGUUGUAAGAAGAAAAUCACCGAUGCUUUUUCCACAUUUCGACGUCCUUUGUGAUCUAUUACUCUACAGACCCAUGGCAACAUGGAAUCGAUUUGUUUUGAAUGAUAAAAACGCAAAAUGUUGUUGAUAGCGACGUCACCCAUGCGUCUGUCCUCAAAUAGAUCAAGAGUAAGAACCAAAGAAAUGCGAGUAAGAUUCAGCUUAUCAUAUGGCGUCACAAGUGAGAACCAAUGAAAAUGCGUGUACGAUUUAGCUCAGUAUAUGACGUCAAGAGUAAAAACCAAUGAAAAAAUGCGUGUAGGAUUCAGCUUAUCAUAUGACGUCACGCGUAAGAACCAAUGAAAAUGCGUGUAGGAUUCAGUUUAUCAUAUGAAGAUUGUUCCUCGAAAGACCCACCUCAAAAGUGUGGUUGAGAUUUAAGCCAUUUUGGGUGGCAGUUAAUGAUUUUGAACGGACAAUCGAAAUCUCAUAGAUGAAGCCUCCAGCAACAACAUUACCUUGGUUCAAUUUGAGUCGUGCUUAUCCGGAAGAGGAAUAGUACUUCAUGAGUUAUCUCUUAUUUCUUGGGUAUGACGGAAUGUUUGGGUGAUAAAUAAGAGGUAAAUCCCCGCCUAAAUAGGAAGUACUCGAGAACAGGAAGCACAACUCGUUUUUCACAAUCUUUCUGUGUUUGUAGCUUGUCCUUCUAGAGGAACUGGAUGAGGACAUGUCUAUCAUGGGUGGCAGAGAGGUGGUCCUGAUAUAUAGAACGCUUUUCAGGUAAGCUUGACACAGGAAUGUGAUUACAAUAUAAAUACAUUAUCUAACAGGCUGGUUACAAGAGAAGACGGACUUAUGAGCUUUUUGGUGGUAUUUUGAUAGAAUACUAAAUCGUCUUUAUGUAGCAUCUGUACGGGAGAAUUACCAAUAUGGUAGGGAUCGUUGUUGUAUGGGCCAUUUUCAAAAUGAGACCAAGUUCAAAGCCUUUCUUGUUUAAAUUAGAUUUAGGUGCUGGAGAAUAAAUAAUCGCUACUUGCUUCGCACUCACACCUUCUUUUAAAACAGAGGCCCUGAACAUCUCGCAAAUGGCCUUUAGCGUAACCUGAAAAUUAAUGCAUUCUAUUUCGACCAGCUUUUCUCAGUGCUGUUCUUAUGGCUAGAACUAGGGACCACGUACGUUUGCAUUAGAGAACAUACACCCAAAAGAAAGGAAACAGCAACUCGCCGAAUCCCGUCUAACCAUGUGUGUUGUCUCUGUGUAUUGCCUCACUUGGCUUUUAAUAUCGUGCGUUGUAGGUUGGAACUCCCGGAUGGUGAGAUCCUGUGCGUCAAGGUCAAACCCGAUCAGAGCGUGAAAGCUUGUUUGGAGCCCAUUCUCUAUCGUCAAGGAUUGUCUCCUAAUCAUGUGAUCACUCAUUUGGUGCGUUGCUUUCAUGUCGCUUUUGUUGGGCAUUGUUGAUAACAAAAACCCCUGUUUAACGUUUGUUAAAAAAAAAUCUUGGUGGUAAAUGCAUGUAAAGAAACAAAACACCGCCUCUCACAUAUGAAAACAAAGGACAUUCUUUACCGUGUCAGAUCUUUCUACGAGAUCCUUUAGAGAAAUUUUCAGUGAAGGGUCGAAAGAAACCCAGGAUGGUAUUUCUUUUUUGCGCUUUCCAACGUUGUGUGAUAAAAAAAGAUUCACGCCAUCUUCGUAACUAAUCAGGUGCAGAACUUAAGACUUGGUUAUGCGCGUUUUCCCGCGCUUUAGGCAGUUUGCCUGUCUUACUCUGAGUUUUCUUUCGCUCCUUGGGAUUACUUUAGUUUGGUUUUCGCUUUUCAACGCUACUCAGUGGAAAAGUGCUCGAAGCUUUCUCUCAUGCUCACUUUUCCCUAUAUACAGGCGGGAUGCGAAGUGCCUUUGGACCCUGGUAUCCCAGCAGCCUCUAUUGAGCAUCAACUCGUAGUUGUGGAAACCGAGGAACGGCUUACAGGUAGAGACUACUGUUCAAGGUUCUUCUGUUUUGUAGUCCUCUUUUGUUGGCUCCGUAAUUGGAGAAAGUAACAAUUUUCCUUUAAUGCAAAGGUGUAAAUACAUUAUUGCAGUUAUCGGUGUGCUAUUUAUAAAACCUGUUUGUUUAUUUUGAGUAUUUAGCGUGAUCUUAAUGGCAGAACUUCGAAUUGGUAAAACUGGGAGGUGAUAAGAUUUCAAGAGACGAAUCGAGAGAUGGUCGUGUCGUAAUCCUUGAAAAGUGCCUAAUACUUACAUAAACCGAAAUAGGUUAUCCUAUCUGCGUCCACCCGAAAUUCUGUAAAAUCUCAUUUAUAGGCCGCCUUCGUUUCAAAGGCCUUCUCUUUGGUUAUGUGCCGCCGAUAUUUUCAUUUCCGAAAAAUGCUCUCGAGUCUCCGUUUAUGAACCACCUUCGCCAGAAAGGCCUUCCCAAUGCCCAUCUUUUUUAUUCUGAAAAUUUCUCUCGGGUUAUAAGAUACGCUCAUAUUUAAUCCGCUCAUACUUAAAAGUUGUUCGCCGUCGAAGGUAACUUAAAUGGACUGUAUGUGAAAAACAAAACUUUCAAAAUCUUUUUAUUAUUAAUAGUAUCAGACAAAUUGUCGUCCUUGAUUAUGCUAGUUGGUAUAUUUAGAUUUAGAACUUAUCAUUUCAAGUUUAGACUAACUUUUGUUGUUAAACCUGGCCGUCGGAUAUCGAUUUGACGAGCUUCAGUUUCCUAAGUUUCUCUACCCAAACUAACAAACGUCAUCCAUAUUAUAUAUAUUGGACUUAACAUCUGCUAGUUUUGAAGGUGCAUGUUAUUUGAGAACGCGUUCGCUAAACACUUCCGCAGAUGAACUUCGUUGUUUUUCAUCUCUUGGCGCACCCUCUGGGUGGUUUUUGGCACAAUCAAAUUUUCUUUUGUUUGCCAGCUGCUUAUCUCUCACCUACCUGUAAAGCUAACCAAAUCUGUAAGACGCCUUAAACAGAUCUGACGUGUUUGUCUGCGAAUGUUUCGCGACUCGGUUUUUGUUUUGUGUUCCUUCUCUGCGGAUUCUUGAAUAGAAAACAAAGGAGAUAGAUUGAGAUCAACUUCUCCAGCCUCUGGUGUUUAGGGGGAAUUUUCCAAAUUCCUACCGAUGUUGAAAUUUGCGGUAAAUGGUAAGUUGUACACAUCGACAUUGUUUUGUGGGUUUCUUAGUUUUAUUGUUGUCGAUCAAAGUUUCUCAGUACAACGCGGGACUCUUUCCCAGGAAAAUAUUUAAAGCAAAAUGUGAUUGUUUUUUCAUGGCUUCCUUCACCUUUGUGCGCUGCCGGUACUGUAUUGUCGAGUUUUCUUCGGUCAGAAUUGAUCAAUUGGAUUUUUCCUUUUUUGUGAAUGGUUUGCACUCAAAAGAAGUCUGAUAAGGAUUAUACACUUUCUCGUAUUGCAUUGACGUGUUUAUUAAAUUAUGUCCUACACGUUUUUAUAAAGAAAGACUGCGAUAACUCUAAAAUUCUCCGAAAUAUUUAUUUAAUUUACAUGUGUGUCAGACUGUUGAGUGUGAAUGAAGCAGGUGGCUAUAUUUAUUGUUCGUCUCUAGUAACCGUAAAAUUAACUGUUUCUUCGCACGAGGCAAAUUUUUAUUUUGCGAAAUACUACUGCAUGUAGACUAUUAACGUUAAACUCCUCUAUCUUUUUUUCCUUGGCUAUGUAAGGAAUCGAUGUCCUUAAAAAAAAGCCUCCUAGAAAGCUAAAAGUUCUUCUCCGGAUUUAGUUUCAUAUCUUGUUCCUAGUUUCCGCUUACAAACAAAGCUAGCAAUGUGAUGCAGCCUUUCUUGUAUCAUAACAGUUCGUUCAUUUAUCGAAAACUUUCCCUUCACAUAUGGUGACAUAGAUCCUUUUUUGAAAACAAUGUUUACCUUAACUUCGGCCGGAGUCGUUUCAGUCAUUAACUUGUUUGUCGAUGUGGGUGACGAGAUGAAAAAUAACAUUUGAAAUGCAGACAUAUAAACGGUGUUCAUCGAUUUUUCGCUUCUGAAACGAAAUCCUUCUUACACAUUUAUCUACUGUCAGGUAAUUGAAUCUCCUAUGAUAGCCUAUACAUAUCAUUCUGUACCAUUAUGACCUCUGGAUGUCGGCGCGGCAAACUAAAAUAGGAUUCGUUAAUUAGGAAUUGUUUCUCACGAACAAAAACACAGCAGGUACUAAACUGAAGGAACACAGCUGUUAUAACCUUGACCGUCACAAUUAUGCCUCAGAUCCAGCUACCCAAAGAAUAUUAAAAACAGACUAAGAAGACUGAAACCACGAGGGUGAACACCACUGUUACAGUCAUCUUGUUCAAACUGAACCGCAUGAAGAUUUUAUUUAAUAGCUUUCUUUUCGAUGGUUACAUAUAAACAAGGGUUCUUUCUGAGAACUAUUGCUUACAGCGAAAUGGAAAGCACUCCUUUAAUAGUGCGUAGUAUCUGUUAUGUUAACUCUUUAACUUCCAACAUCAUGAUUAAAAUUCUCCUUACUGUCUGCAGUACCUUUUGUUUUAAUUUGGUUUUGAGAAUUUGAUGUUGGAUCUAAUGGAAAAAUCCUUUAGUUAAUAUUCUAUAUUCUCAACACUUUUUUGCUCGGCAUUGUGUUGAUACUGUUAGGAGAAAUUAUGUCUUGGUCACUCUUGGGAUUGGAAAGGGUUGAUGUCUAGAAGGCACGGUUUUACAUUAGCGAACAAUCCUUGGUUUUAUUGCCAUCGAGGAUCAAAGAGAGCCUUCGCUCAGGUUUUCAAAGCGAGACUCGGGGUAACAAUCCCUUUUCGAAGGUUCUUCAAGAACAGCUGCGUGAAUUCUCGGUUUCAAACCAUUUAUAUGGUUGGAGACUCGACAACUUUUUCAAGAAAUUUAGUUUUCUUACUGUUUAAUGUUUUGUUUGUUUGUUUGUUUUUUCGGCACAGGAAAUAUCAACGCUCAGUCUCCCCCUCGUCAAGUUCUUUCCACGCGCCCCCCGCGGCGGGAAAACAAAAGGAACACGUUUGACGAUCUCGCUUUUGAAGAGGUCAUGCGCGGUAAGAGACAAGCUCUUGGCGACGGACACUUUGACCAACUGGGAGUCUGGGUUCCUGAGUCUUCACCGAGCGAGGAUUCAUUGAAGGAGGAGCUGUACCGUGGAGAUGGAAGCUUUGGAAAGAGUUUAUUGAAGGCCCAAGGAUUAUUUGCAAGAAAGCGAAGAGAAGGCAGCGAACAGGAAAAGAUUGCAACAGUUGUUAGUAAAAGUGGCCGCUUCGGAAACGAAAAAACCUCUGAUGUGAAAGGUAUACAUGCUUGUUUAGCUCUGAUCCAUAGACGCCGCCAAUAAUUCAUAUGAGGGAAUUUCAGUUAUUGGAUAGGACUUACUUACAUGCCACGCCUAAACGUUUAUUAAUUUGUUUUUCCUACUGGUCGAAGCAAACAACGGUACAUUCAUUCAGUCAGUGGAGGCAUACAAUAUACAGUGAAAGCUUUGAUCAGCAGACACUUGCGGGACCCAUCCUGGUGUCAGCUUGAAAAUAGGGUCUGCUUAGUGCUGAUUUUAUUGUUGUUAAUAUUGUGAGACUUUUUUUAACAUUUAUUUCUUGCUCGGCUUAGUUAUAACUCUGACAGGUUUCAUAAGACCAGUCAGGGUUAGAACCCAGCUGAGAAGGAGUACUUUGAACGGAAAAACGUGUCCAUCCUCUCUCGGUAUGUUGUUCUUCGGAAGCUACAACAAAAUCUUUUUUGAACAUGUGUAAAAUUAUAGAUAACGAACUACCUUGUAGUCACUUUGAUCCACAGCGACUUGUUCUUCAUUUGCGAAUAUGAUGUGCGACAAUUGCGUUCCACUGAGAAUAACCUUCCUAGCAAGUAUAAGCUUAGUCUUACCUAGCCAGAGUUUUUUCUAUCUAAAACCUCUUUUUGCUGAUUGAGGUCAAUUCGCAAAAACGAAAACUUGCAAAUUUUCCAUGUUACAAGGUGACUUGUUCACCACCCUCUGGUGUUUGUAAGCUUUCCUUUUACGCCAGGUGCAACCAAGCACUUUGAUAUUGCAUUCUGAUUCGCUAUUUGAAUGCUAAAACACUUGAAUUUUCUUUUGUUUUUUUACCACCAACCUGUCACAUUUUCUCUCUGCGUCAGUGUUGCCAUAGUUUUCCGGAAGGUUUAUUUAAUUUGCAUUGUUACUUGGAAGGGUCGGUCAAACCGCUGCUUGUUUAUGUGAACUUUUUAUUCGGCAAAGGCAAGCUAAUUUAUUUUUGCAAUUUUUAAUGGUAGUGUACUUCUAAGUCUACUUGCUUUGCGCAGUUUGUGGAAUAUCACUCGAGGGAAACGGUGUCGUCCUUUUUCCUUCUGUUUACCUCGAUAAACGUUCAUUGUUAGCACGCGCAUUCUCUUCUCGAAUUGUCACAAAUGUGUUGAAGAUAAGGAUUGCGGUCGCGAUUGUAAGCUUUUUAGCAAAUAACUGCUACUAAGUUUCUUUUACUUCAAAUACACCACGUAGGCGAUUGGCUUUGAUCUCAAAGAUGUGUUAAUGCGAUUUACUUCGCAGUUUCAGUGUCAAAGCAGCAAAUUUAUUUCGCUUGUUUUCAUUAACCUGCUGUGCACCGUUUCAGGCAAGUUUUCAUUUUUUUUUUUGUUUUUUUUUCCUCUGCAGACUUCUUCGACCUCAUCAGCCGUGCUCAGGCAAACAGAAUGGAUGAUCAGAGAGGCGAACUAAAGGGAAACUUAGAGUUGCCAGAUUUUCUCAAAAUUCCAGCCAGCAAUAAGUCAGCUCAAGGAAAUGAGAAUUUUAAGGUACCUCAUCCUCCUCACGCAUUCAGAACUUCAGAGAGGAACGUAACGAAGCCUGUCUUGAAGAAAACACUAUCGACACCAAUCGAUCGUCCUGUAGAGAAAAUGGAUUUGAUGCAAGAGCUAGCUGCAAAGUUAUCCAAGAAAACGGAACCAACCAAGAAGAACCCAUCGCCGAGAGUUGAUCAGCAAACUGAACCGAACGAAAUUCUUCUAGACUUCAAUUUUAACUCGAGACCGCAACCGCAGCAGGCACAGAAUUCCCAGUUAGCUGUUAACUCAGAGGAGAAACAAAAACGCACACCGAGACCCAGAUCGUGUACAGAUGCUAAUGUGUACGCGAUGGAGGCUACUCCGCACGGGAUACGAGUUGAAACGAGCAAUCGCCCACAACCUGUCGCUGACGCGGAACCUCGGAAGAACGUUGCUCAUGUUCACCCGUCAAUACGGCCACAAGCAUCGCAACCUGUCACUGUAAAUAGCUUGCGUGGAAUGCAUUACGCUACAAAUCCACGGCGCAAUACUGUGGAUCAAAUUAUGCAUAUUCCCUCUACAGGAAGCGUCAAACCGCAUGCAGUUGGAAGGGUUUCAUCUAAAUCCUCACAGAAUAUCAGAGACAUAUCACCUGCAAUCUACGAUGUGAGACCGGAUCCGAAUCACGAAGGGACAUUGUUGAAAGGGUAUGAUAAUUCGGUGAAAUAUUCAAGUAUCCCCGUAGAUGUCCCUCAACGAAAACUUUUCUCGGCAUACAGUUUGCCCGAGGUGAACUCCCAGAGAGCUGAGGUACACAUUCCAUCUGAAGGAGGCCCCCCUCCAGUUCCUCGGAGGACAGUUUCUAGUAUGGACCGCCGACCCCGACCUAAACCUAUUCACAACCCUAAGGAACUUUUAGCAGGACUUGAAAACACACCGGUGUCGUCGACUGAAAGAGUAGAAUCACCACCGAACCCUGAUAGUUCAAGAGUUGCAAGCCCUCCCCCUCCCCCUCCUACCCCACCCUCGGGCUCAAUGUAUGACCUUCAAAUAGCCGAUUUCUCUCCGCCUCCUUCGAUUUGUGCUUCACCAGAGAAAACCUCUCGCUCGCCCGAGGAUCGAGACACUAAAAGAUCCUCGCUGAUAUCAGACUCCCAAAAUAACACUCCACCAACCAGAGCUAACAGUGCAAGUUUUGCUGGGACCGUAGCGUAUGUUGACAUGCCAGGGAAAGAUUCCCAGAGACCUUUGAACUACAUUAAACAGCCGAUCACGCCGAAUGUUAGAGUAAGCAGUUUGAACUCGUCCAAUUUGACAAAUUUAUCCCAACGCGUGCUAAGUGAGGACCGUCUGGAUGCAACCACACAGGCGUCCACUCUAGGUUCUGUGACGCCAACUGUUUCGAACUUAAACAAAACGAUUACGCCAUCUUCGGUAAACGAUAGGACUCUUGUCGAGGAAUCACUAUCGGAAAAUGUGACUCCGCAUGCGGGUCAAAGACCGUCAAUGGAAAGUGCAUCUAAACGGCUGAUAACCAACUCGGGAAGCGUGCCAAGAAGUAAAAGCACAGAUCAGGAGAAACGUAGAAGUCGACAGGAUAGCGAUAUUCCUAAGCUAGACCCUUACGUCACUUACGAAAAGGAAGACUUGCGAAUAACAUUCGUGUGA